GCGCGAUUGUGUUUGGGGCGCCACAGUGGCGGUUGAGGCGAACGAUGUUUUUUUGGUUUUGGUGUCGUUGUGGUAAAGUAAGAAUCUGCGCCUACCGCGUGCGCGCGCGCGCCGAACUACGCGAUACGGCAAUCUGUACUCAUGCAGCAUGCGCUUCGCGGCAUCUGUUAUCCGAUCGUUGCCAGUGCCUGUCUUAAUUUCGGAGCCUGCCUAGUCUGUCCAUCAAGCAUGUCUUGUGAUUCCGGACGGUUAGAUGUCAUGGGCGUCAUACGUGGUGGUGGCCGCGCUGAUCACUUCAGGCCGCGGAGUGUGGUCCGAAGUCUCCUCUUCCUCACCCAACCGCAUUCCCGUUACGUGUGACGGCGCCAGGUCUGAGAGGAAAUAAAGUACGGAUACGUCCACUUUCCCACCCCGUCUGAGAGUAGGAGAAAAGUCUCUCUCACAGA